AUGGGUGAAGAUAACUCAUCAAGUGGCAGACAAAAGCAAGAUGACGCAAAUUUGGCCAGUGGUGCGUCAAAUCCCGAUGCUUCCACAAUUGACAACGCCAGCCAUCUCCAACACACAAAUCCCGACGCAUCAAGCCAACCAAACAUCGCCAACACUUAUCAAUCACAUUCAAACCUCAAAGGACAAGAAACUGAUGAAAAUAAAUUAUCAACAAAUGACGACGAAGAUGACGGACAAGCUGCUGACGAACUGAUUCAUGAAGACCCACACACUUCAUUUCUACAACCAUCAGGUUCUGACAAACAACAAUACACUACACCUUCAAAGUCAUUACCCCCACUCAAAGAUCAGGACCCUAUUGAAACACCAAAACUGUUCAAAGUGGCUGCAGACAGUGAACAUCGUGAGCUUUACAACCCUGUUCAAGGAGUAGCUAGCUCGCCGAUCGGAAACGAUAUUCUAAAUCAUGAAGACGAUAUUCUAGGUGAUGAUUUGAAGAGUAUUGUAAAAGACUUUCUUGCCAUUGAUGACUGUACAGUGGGGACCGUUAAGGAUACUCAAUUUUUGGAAACGCUCGCGACAAAGGCAAAAGAAUUUGCAAGACUACAAUCACAACGAAAUCAACUUAGACUAAAACUAGAGGAGUCAUUUACAAGUAGUAGAAACACAAUCAACUCACUUCAACAGAAGUAUUCGGAGGCGGAAAAUUCCUUACUUUCGUUGCGGGAUGAGAAUUCGAAGUUGUCCACAAAGUGCAAAAAGCAAGAGAUCAAAGUCAGAGAGCUAGAGCUUUCCAAUCAACAAAUUUCUGCUCAGGUGAAUGAGUAUCAAAGAUUGAAUUCGGAAAAGACUUCAGAAUUGAAGGAAUUGAAUGAGAAGCAAAGCUAUCAGGAGAUCAAGCACAUGGAAAAGCUCGAGGAGUUGUCUUCUGCUAACGUGGCUCAAAGUAAGAAGCUAAACCAAAUAACAAUGGAGUACAAUCGAUCGGAAAAUGAAAAGUUUGCAAUCAGUUUGCUGUUAACAAAGGCUCAGAAUGAAGCAAAUUUUUUGAGAGACCAAAAACUCUGGUACGAAGAGCAACUAAAGUCCACGCAACUGAAAUACACCGACUUAUUACAGAAACACGAGUUAGGUCAAUCACGAGCAGAAUCUGACGUGAAUCGAUUAACUGUGAAAUCCGAGAGUCUUGGCGAGUUGGUUAAGCGCCACGAAAACACAAUUGCAAACUUGGAAGCAUCUUUGAGAGCAGAAUGUGAAAAAAAGUCUGCCAUCGAAGCUGAACUCAGAUCAGUCAAAUCAAAGAUUGUAGAGGAAUCGAAUGCAAAUCAAGACUUGUUGGAAUUAACCAAGCUUCAAAGUGAACAGCGCGCCGCUAGAAUUGAGCAGUUAGAAAACUAUUCCGAGGAACUCAAAAAUAAAGCAAAUGAGAAUCUACAUGUUCUUAACUCAACAAUUUCUUCACAGGAACAAACUAUUGCUGAAUUAGAGGAAAAGCUCGAGAGAAUGGAGUCAGCAUUGAGCGCAGAUAUUGGUAACACACAGGUGCAGAUCCUUGACUCAGAUGCUAGUGCAGAGCAGUCGGGUAUUUCAUUACCCUCUUUAUUUGCCGAAUACAAUCAUGUUAAAAAGCAACUUUCAGUUGAAAGAAUGCAACGAGAAAGCUUAGAAACGGAAUUGGAGAGGUUUAUCAACGAGCUUGAAGCGAGAAAGCCCGCCAUUGCCAACUACAAAGACCAAAUUCAAUUUUAUGAAUCAUUGGUCUCGGAGUUGAAUGGAAAAAUUGAUAAUCUUUGUGCAGAUAUUGUGUCGCUUGAAAAGGACCGCAAAAGACUUAGAGCCAAUGGAGCCGACUACGAAAAAGAAAUUUCUUCCUUGAAACAAGUAGCUAAGGAUUUGGGAAAACAGAUUUGCUAUUUCCUUAUUCAUUCGCAGGUAAGGGACAACAAUGAUGAACCGCUUUCAUUGAGCGAGCGUGCCAAAAUUGAAAAAAUACUCGAUCGAACAGGUAACUUUGAAGAUGCGUUUGAGUCAGACUCUGACAAAUUAGUGUCGGAAAGGUUGCUUAAUUUCAAAGACAUAAUUCAACUUCAACAGAAAAAUCAAGAAUUGCUAAUUGCAGUCAGACUGUUGACGAAAAAGUUGGAAAGUUCGGAAGAAGAGGGACCUAGCUCACAAGCUAUGGAAGAAGCUCGAGAAGUGAUCAUGACCUUGGACAGUGAAUUAGAAAGUGCUAAUUCAAAGCUUCAAGCAGUUACAAGUGAAAGAGAUGCUCUUCGAAAACUCAAUAAUAAGAUGGCAGAUGGUGCUGCUGGAGAUGUCCCGAUAACUGAUUCCGAGUUAACCAAAAAAGCCAAAGAGUAUGAAGCUGUUAUUGAAAAAAUGAGAAAGGAGUUUUCUGAGUCAGUGAAGAAAUUGAACAAAGAGUUGAAGAAAGCCAACGAAAGCAAGGAUGACUUUGCAACGCAACUCUCAGUUGCAAACAAAACAAUUGAAUUGACAGAGGCUAAAUUAAUUACUACUCAAAAAUCAAUCGACUUGGCAAAUGCAGAGAAGAGCCAAGUCAAGUCCGAACUAGAAUUUUGGAACAAACAAGCACAAAAGUUGGAAAGCCAAUUGAGGCAAAAAUCGCAAGAUUUCCGGGAAUUGCAAUCGAAAUUUGAGCACAAUAGUACUUCAUUGGUCACAUUACAGCAGGAAAAGGAUUUUGCAAACCGAAUGCAAUUGUCACUUAAUAAUGAACUCUCAUCUUUGAGAGAUGAUAAGAUGAAAUUGAACGAAUUUGUGGUCAAUUUGCAAACGAUGUUGAGGGAGAGAGACGAUUCAAUAAAGGAAAUCACUGCUAAAUUCAAUGAUUCAUCUGAGGCAUUGCAGAACUUACAAAGGAAGCUCGACGAAAAGGAGGAGAGACUUCAAAUCUUGUCCAACCAAUCCGAAAAAACAUUCAAAGCUCAAAACAGUAAGUUAGAACAAAUCAAUGACUUGAGCUUGCAAUUGUUGCAUUUGAAGAAUGAGGUUUCAGAAAAAGACAAGCGCGUGGUGGAGUUGAGUGCUAGAUUAAAGGAUGCAACACUCAAUGCAUACAGUAAACCAGAAGUCAAACAGCUACAAGAAGAUUUGAAAACUGCCGGAGAAAGACUUGUCGAGUUGACGAAAUUGGUUAAUGAUAAGGAGGCAGCUAUUUUAGACAAGGUUAAAACGUUCAAUGAAGAAAAGUCUCAAUUGGAUGCACGGUAUGCUGAACUUGCUAAAGAGAAGAGGAAUGCAGAAGAGGAAGUUGUCAAGUUGAAAGAGGCAAAUGAGAUCAAGUCACAAGAGUUGGAGAAAGCGAGGAAAGAUUUUGUUGCUGAUUACAACACAUUGGAACGUAAGUUUGCCGAGGUUGAGGUUAAAGCUGAAAAAUUUGACAGUUUGGAAAAAAUUUACAAUGACAGACUUAAUGAUGCUAACGAGAAACUUGAAUUGGAAAAGAGAACGGUUAUUAGUUUGCAAAGCAAGUUGGAUGAAGAAGCUGAAAAGAAUUCGUCAUUGACUGAUGAGGUUGAGAAAAUAAAGGCUAAAGUCACAAACAAUGAAGUUGUUAUUACACUGUUAAAGCAGGAAAAAGAAUCAAUCAACAAAAAAUUAAAGGAUCUUGAGGGAGAAUUAAGUAUUAGUAGGUUGGAGUUGGAGAAUGAAAAGAGUCUCUCAAAGACGAAACGGGCCGAGUUGGAAGAUCAGAAUAGGGUUUUGCUAGAUCGCUUGGAAUUGGCAAGUACCUCUGGAAACAGCGAUGACGGUGAUUCAAGUGAUAUAAAACAGGUUAUUGAGUAUCUUCGCAGGGAAAAGGAUGGAAGCGAUGUGAAGUUGGCUUCAGUUGAGGAAGAGAAUUCCAACUUGAAAGUCAAGAUUGAAAGUUUACAAAACGAAAUUUCCACACUUCAAUCCUCAAAGGACAAUGCAAGCGUCUUAAAUUUGAACAACAAUGAAAAAGAGCAAAGUCAGUUAGCAACCCAAUUGCAACAAAUUUACAACUUGAGAGAACAAGUAAACAAUUUAACGCAUGAAACCAAGAGAAAAGAUUCUGAGCUCGAAAAGUUGAAGGCCGAGUUCACCAAGGUAAAGACUGAGUUGGAUACCGUCAAACAAAGUUCCCAGACACAAAGCACCCAAGUUGGAAUUGAUCAACAAAAAUUGAGAUUGCUAGAAGAGGAGAAUACGCGUCUUAAAACCAUAUCUACAAACGCACUUUCCAAAAAGAUGGAGGAACCCAAGGGUCCAUCUCCAGAAAUUAUCAAAAUGCAAGAGCAAAUGGAUAGAUUAAAAAACAAGGCCAACAAUAGAAUCAUGUCAUUGAGACAAGAACAUGCAGAUAGGGAAAAAGAAAUCACUGAUGCAAAAGAUAAGGAAUUGAAGCAGUUGAAGGAGAAGAUUGAAGCAUUGGGCAAAGAGACCUCUGCUGGAGGUCAAGAUAGUAAAGCACAACAAAGGGUUGAAGAAUUGAAUAAACAGUUAAAUGCAGUUAAAGAGGAAAAUAGCGGAUUGAUACGCGAGAAGAAUGAAUUGGUUAAGAAGUUGUUUGGUUUAGAGGCCAAUUUGAAGACCCAGUUCAAUAAGGAGAAGGAAGAAUUGCGUAAAUCCCUAGUAUCAUUCAACCCCGGUGGUUCAACUGAUGAAAUGAAGACCAAGUAUGCUGAGCUUCAGGAGCUCUUGGAAAAGACCAAGAAUGAAGUGCAGCUGCGAAUUGAACAGGAGAGGACAAAGACAGCACAAGAGGUGGAAAAAAAGUUUGAGUUCAAGUUGAAAAUGUUGACAAGAAAGGUUGAAAGGUUUGAGUCGGAGGCAAAAGCAAAACAACCACAGGAUCCAGAUCAAGUAAGAGCUCCUGUUAGAGCAGCAACACAGCCAGCAACACAGCCAGCAACACAGACAGCAACACAACCAGCAACACAACCAGCAACACAACCAGCGGCUCACCCAACAGUUCAACAACCGAGUCAACCGAACUUGCAAACACUCCCAGCGGGCUCAGCGUUCGGUAAACUUUCUUCAACCAACCCAGCACCUCAAGCACCAUCACAGUCGGACUCAUUUGGAACUGGAAGUCUACCAAUCCAGCAACCAGGAUCCACUAAUCCUUCCAACUUAGAUAAAACAUCUGUUGUAGGAGGCGAUCCACCGAAGAAUACCGUAUCAUCGAAAGAGAAACAAAGCGUUUUUACAUCAUCAGAUGAUAGCAAGACUGAUCCCGAGAGAUUAGUCAAUGGAGCUACAGUGGUUGAUAAACCUGGUCAGAGUAUCUCUACAACAGCACCAGCUCAAAAUCAACCACAAUCCCAGCCACAAGCCCAGCCACAAGCCCAGCCACUUGCUAUACCUACCUCUCAAACUGAAGUUCCCAAAGUAGGAGAUACAUCACUAGCAAAUCCUACAAAUACGCAUUCAAAAGCACAGGAAGCAGCAGAGGAUGAUCAAGAGAAUCAGUCACCACCGCAAAAUCAAACACCUACGACACAACCACAAUCUACAACUACACCCAUUGCUCAAUCAGAACCUGCGAAAACGACAUCCAUCGUGUCCCCCGUCGUUUCUGGCACUGAAUCUGCAUCGACUGUGAAACGACCUGAGAUUGCUCGUACCGAGUCGCGAAAGCUCAAGAUUGCCGAGGAGAAGCAAGGUGGCUCACCAAUCAAUGAGCGCAAGAGAUCUUUCCAAGAUGAGAGACCAAAGGUUAAAAAGACGAGACAAGAAUGA